AUGUGGGCGAUUUCAUACUGUCACAAAUUUCAAGCAAUGUUUCGUGCAGUGAUAACAGCGUUAUAUGAUACGGAAGUGGAAGUGCACUACAUUGAUUGUGGCAAUUGUGAGACCGUUGAGUACAGUGAUCUUCGUUCCAUGGACAGGCUGGUAUCGGCGGCGCACGCCUUGUUCUUCAUGCAGUUCCCUUCUGAUGACUGUGAUGUACAUUUCCUGGCGAAGAUGUAA